GGCGAAGAAAUACGAAACAAACGGCGGGUACAACUAACGCUUGCAAUUGCAAAUGCUUGGCUUUCACAUCCCUCUUCGCCUUCGCCUUCACCACCACCACCUCUAUCAUCUCCUGCAUUUUCAUUUUCAUUAACUUUCACGCAACCCCUCUCUCUCUCUAGUCAUAAACAUCCUGUCUAUUUCUCUGUUUACUAUUCGUCUCUCUCUACAAGGAAGAGAUUAAUAUAAGUGGAUAUAUAGCACUGCUGAGAAGAUUGGUCUUGAAAUUGGAGGAACAGAUAAGAUGAGUAAACAACUUCUGGAAAUUCAACCCAAGGAACUCACAUUCAUAUUUGUGUUGAAGAAGCAAAGCUCAUGCGCAGUUAGGCUUACCAAUAGCACCCACAAUUAUGUUGCUUUCAAGGUGAAAACUACUUCCCCUAAGAAAUACUGUGUACGACCAAAUGUAGGCAUUGUUAUGCCAAAAUCUACUUGUGAUUUUGCUGUCACAAUGCAAGCCCAAGGGGUAGCUCCGCCUAAUAUGGUGUGCAAAGACAAGUUCUUAAUCCAAAGCACAGUUGUGCCUGUUGGGACAACUGAUGAGGACAUUACAGCUAGCAUGUUUACCAAAGAUGAUGGUAGGUACAUUCAAGAGAAUAAGCUGAAGGUGACCCUAAUCAGCCCACCUAAUUCACCAGUGUUGUCACCAAUUAAUGGGUCACUAAAGCAGGGUCCAGAUUAUGAAGCUUCUAUACCGAAAGAUCCAGUAUCAAGAGUUCAAAUCCUUACCUCAUCAGACAUGGCUGCUGAGAAAAUGGAGGGAUCCAAGAUGGUAAAUGGCGAGGAUAUGAAGCCUGUGAAGGUUGAAGAAUUAAAGCCAAGGAAAAGCUCUAUUGAUGGUGAGGUGUUAAAGCCAGCAAAUGAUGCAGAAUUGAAGCCUAGGAAGGAUACUUACAGUGAGGGUGCAGAAUUGAAGCCAAGGAAGUAUGUUGUUAAAGUGGAGGAAGUAAAGCCGGAAAAAGAUGUACAGUUUAAGCCUCUGAAGGAUGUUGUUGACAAUGGGGAAUCAAAGAAAGUAAGGGAUGCUGAGUUGAAGCCAAGGAACAAACUUCCUGUUGUUGAGGAGUUAAAUCCAGAAAAUGAUACAGAGUUGAAUGUAACAAAGGAGCUGAAUGAUGGUGAGGAAUUACAGUUAAGAAAGGAUGCAGAGUUGAAGCUGAUGAGAGAAGUUGAAUCUAAAGCGAAAAAGACUGCAGAGGAGCUGAAGUUAUUUACAGACAUCGAGGACAUGAAGUACAAACUAAAUGAACUUGAAUCAAAGCUAAAUGAGGCUGAGGUUACUAUUUCAAAGCUCACAGAAGAGAGGAGAUUAAGCUUUCAAGAGAGAAAAAUGUUGCAAGCAGAAUUAGAAGCAUUAAGGAGUAAAACAGUGGUGAAGAAAGUUCAGGUGGGAUUUCCUCUUCUGUUUGUGUGCAUGGUGGCAUUCAUCAGUUUCGCGCUCGGAUACCGACUAAUCUCUUGAACGAGAAAAUCGAUCAACUAAAGAAAGCUUGUUGAUAGUUAGAAAAGAGAAUAGAACCUCACUAUAUGUUUACUUCUAAAUGCGCUUCUGUAUAUGCUGAAAGAAUCUUACAAAGAUAAUUUCAUGUAAAGGACUGCCUUUUGUCUGCCUCUACUUGGAUUAAUUUCCCACAGAACUUCAUGGAUACAUAUAAAUUAAUACGAAAGAAAUGCUUUUGCUUAA